GCGAGCCGCAAAAAGGCGGAGCGAGUUCGGUUGCACCAACACCGGUACUUAGGCGCGGACCAGCGUGUCCUUGGAAUUAGAGAGCGGGACGUCCGGCUUGCGAGCAGAGACUUCUGUGUUUCGCGCACCGAAAGAGCGAUUCUAAAAUGGGUGAUGUUGAGAAAGGCAAGAAGAUUUUUGUUCAGAAGUGUGCCCAGUGCCAUACUGUGGAAAAGGGAGGCAAGCACAAGACUGGGCCAAACCUCCAUGGUCUGUUUGGGCGAAAGACGGGUCAGGCCCCUGGAUUUUCUUACACGGAUGCCAACAAGAACAAAGGGAUCACCUGGGGAGAGGCUACACUGAUGGAGUAUUUGGAGAAUCCCAAGAAGUACAUCCCUGGGACAAAAAUGAUCUUCGCUGGCAUUAAGAAGAGUUCAGAAAGGGCAGAUUUGAUAGCUUAUCUCAAAAAAGCUACUAAUGAGUAAUAGUUGGCCACUGCCUUAUUUAUUACAAAUGUCUUGUGACUUUUUUAUGUCUACCAUAUUUAAAUUGAUCUCAUAUACCAGAAUUCAGAUCAUGAAUGGCUGAUAGAGCAUUUCUUUGGGGCAGUUCUGAUUUAAAUAAUAUUGGCCUGUGGUUAAAUGAUUACAAUCAGCUUUUUGAACUUGGAUGGUAAUUUCGGUUCAGCAACUGCUAUCAUUAUUUUCCCCUUCUAAAAAUAGGAUUGGACUUGGUAAUAUUCACCCUUUCACAGAGAUGGUGAAGGCUGUUUCAAAACCUGUAGGGGAUUGGUUUUUUAUUUAGAUUUAUGUAACUGCUAAUAUGAACAUUUUAAACACUGAGAAAAUCCCUUCACUGUUUAUUAGAAAAGCAAGACUUGCUUGUGUUUCAAAUUGUGUUCAUUAGCCUGUUGAAAGGCAAGGGCUGAAGAAAAGCUGGCAGUGUCCAUUUUAUCUUUUUGGUUCUAACUAUGCCAAUUUAAAAAAAAUACCCUGUAUCUGAACUGUUGCCUUUAACUCACUGAAAGGCAUUUUAGUGUGGUUUGUGUAUAAUAUCAAAUAAAGAAUAUUUAACACUUCUCA